CGCUAGGAGAGCCUUGCAUUCCUCGAGCGCUUCUUUGAAACCUGCAAGAGUCUCCUGUAGAUGGUCGAGCAGCCAUGCUAGCUCUCUGGCCUGUGUUGCGUUAAUAGGAGCUUUCAUUGCGCGUAACCUCAGAGCAAGAGAUUGAUGGAAAUAAAACAUACCACCUGCCGGGUGUUCUGUAUGGAUGGUGAAGCUGGACGACGACCUGUGGAGGUGUCGUCGCUAUGACGUUUUGGCAAGGCGGUAGGAUUUCUGCCAUAUUUUAGUGUCGUCAACUUCAUCAAUAACGGAACGGUUCCACUCUAUGAUUUGACUGAGAAUCGCAAAGAUAAAGAACAGCACAAGACGUUAUAAUAGUCUUUAAUUUGCCUACUUAUGAUCCAUAGCGAUCGCAAAGGCCAUCCAAGGAUAUUAUAAGUGUUAAAUCGCGGCAAUGGGGAAGGAGGCUGCUGCAACGACAAAAAGCGCAAAACCAGAGCACCCCAAACUCCCUCGUCUCCCAAAAGGAGCGCAAAUUACCAAGCGACCCUUAAUACACCCUGCCAUUGCGCCUCCGCGAACCGGCUCCCGCGUCCAGAAAGUCGUCUACCUCCGCUCAAAUACCCCGUUUAUCAGCGCCGUGAAGCGUGUGCGGGGCUAUCUCAAAGAAAUCGACAAUCGAUCGAUGGGAACGAUUGACCUGUCGAAUUCUUCUCUCUCAGACCGAGACCUUAUCGCAUCCGCAGGCAAGGGACGGGAUGGACAACAGGAAGAAGUCGUCGUCAAAGCUACCGGACGGGCUAUCGAGAAGGCGUUGAAUGUUGCGUUAUAUUUCCAAAAGCAGGACGACUGCAGGGCGGUUCUGCGGACGGGAGAAGUUGGCGCUGUGGAUGACAUUGAGAUUGACGGAGAGGAGAGUGCUAGGGUUAGGAAGGCUUCCGUUUUGGAGGUGGGAAUCACGUUGAUAUGACCGCAUUGAGGCGUAGCCAUUAUUUUACUGCCCAGGAAUGGGCGGAUAUAAGCCUUGGGUUGAUAAAUCACCAGGGUCGCAAUGAAACCGGCAUCAGAAGCAGGACAGAAUGUAUGGGCUGGCGGGUCACAGCUCCUUCCUGGUGUUGAAAUGGCACAGCAUGCGGAGAGACUGGCAGACCUGUCCUGCGCCUAUACCACCGCCUUCUCCAUAUACACGCUCGGAAUGCACCAGGCCUGACCGUCUGGCCUCUUCAGACAAUACCCACUGGUUGAAUUGAACUCCUCAAUCUCCUUAAUAACCUUGUACCCGAG